AUGGCAGCAACAGCAGAUCCCUCAUCCCCGAAUCGAGGCAUCGUCGUCUUUUCUGGCGGCAGUGCGGCCAACAGCCUGGUCGACGUCUUCAGCGCCGUCAGGGAGAGCAAGCAUUGUACCCUCAGCUACAUCAUUCCCAUCUCCGACAAUGGCGGCUCGUCCUCGGAGUUGAUACGCAUCUUUGGCGGCCCUGGAAUUGGCGACGUUCGAAGUAGACUGGUGCGGUUGAUUCCGGACUCGCCGCCCAAUUCUGAACGCGCCGCGAUUAAAUGUCUGUUCAACCAUCGACUGCAUCCCAGUGCAUCUGCUGCUCAUGACGAGUGGCAGUCCAUCGUCGAUGGCACGUCUCCCCUGUGGAAAUCCAUCACACCGGCAAAGAAGGAGUUGAUCCGUUCCUUCUUCAACCAUCUGAAUCUCGAGAUCCUGAAACGGGCUCGUCCUCCGGCGUCGACGUUCGACUUUACCUCCGCCAGCGUCGGGAAUCUGUUCCUGACAGGCGCGCGGCUGUUCACUGGCAGCUUCGAGAGCGCUAUCUACCUUCUAGGCAGCAUUUGUGGUGUCCCAUCCGACACCGUCCGGGUGAUUCCGGCGAUUAACUCGAACUUCUCGCACCACAUCUCGGCGUCAUUGGAAGACGGUUCGGUGAUCGUGGGACAGAACAGUAUCUCACAUCCCUGCGAGGCUCCGGGCUCCCCGGGCCAGUCCAACAGGAGGCCAAGCCUCCUCCCGGCAGACGGCGACGACGAAGACUCAUCCUCCGAUGGCAUUUCCUACGAAGACGACCAUCUUCCGGGCUCGCUCCCCAGUCUCCGGAACAAGAACAUCACCUUCAGCAAGGCCAACACUGAAGAACUCCCCUGCCGGAUCUCCCGCAUCUGGUAUAUCAACCCUUACGGACAGGAGAUCCGCCCUCCGGCAAACCCGCGCGUGCUGGAGGCCCUGCGAGAUGCGCAGGCUAUCAUCUACAGCAUCGGCUCGCUGUAUACGUCCAUCAUCCCGUCGCUCAUCCUCCGUGGCGUCGGGGAGGCCAUCUCCACCAGUCCGGCGCGGCACAAGAUCCUGAUUCUGAACGGGUCCCUGGACCGGGAAACGGGGCCGUCUUCCAACCCUUUCACAGCCGUGGACUUUGUCGAGGCCAUUGUCCGCGCGGGCGAGGAGAGUCGAGGGAGAGGACUCCAUGGUGGACGCCGUCGCUACACCGACACGGUCACAACGACGCUCGCCAACGGCACCAGCGCCAGCGCUAACGGUACAGUAACAACAACAACAGCAGCAGCAGCACAAACCAUACCCGCAAUCGUCGAACCCCUACCCUCCGCAAGACCACUCCCCUACACAUCCUACGUCACACACAUCCUCCACCUAGAAGGGCCGGGCACACCAAAAGUAGACCGGGAGCGCCUCGCGGCGAUGGGCAUCGAGACCCUCCGCCUGUACGGACGCAAAAUAAUGUCCGAAGACGGCCAGACGGUGCUGGGCACACAGUACGAUCCCACGGCGCUUGUGCAAGCCCUGGAGGUCGUACUGGGGAAAAAGGGCGAUGCGAUGGUCCGCGGCGGCCAGGGCGGAGGCGUCAGCAGGCGGAAUACGUUGGAGGGGUCGGGGAGGAAGGAGAAGCGAACAGAGCAGAUUAGUUGA